UCACCUGGCCACACCUCCGGAUCCCUCAACAACUCCGCCUCCUCGCCGCUGAUUGGCCACCGGAACUGUAGCUCAGGAGAGGCACACAGGCGGCCAAUCACCGGCGAGGAGGUGGAGCUUGGAGAGGAGGAGAGCCGAGCGGCAGCGCGCGUAGAUCUAAGAAGAUCGAGGGAACUGCCGGAGUAAGUGAAGAGGAGAGCGGCCAGAGAAGGAAGACAGCUGACAGGUAAGUGAGAGAGCGAGCCCAGGCUGGAGCAGGGUGGGGGGAAUAGUGCCCCAUCAUUGGUGUCAGUGGGAGGAAUAGUACCCCAUCAUUGGUGUCAGUGGGAG